AUAUUUAUAUUAAUAAUAAUAAUGGGAUUUAAAGAAACCUAUGAUAAAAUAGGUACAAGUAAACAGAUAGUAUUGUUUCUUAGUUUCCUCGGUGGUUUCGACUUUGGUUAUAAUACAGGUGUAAUAUCUGGUUCAUUACCAAGAAUUGUAGAUAAAUAUGAUAUCAAUGUAGUCAUUCAAGGUCUAAUAGCAAGUUCAAUUAUCUUUGGUGCUAUGAUAGGUGCUGUUGGAGGUGGUAUCCUAGCAGAUAGAAUAGGAAGGAAGCCUGUCAUACUACUAAUGGGAGCAUGUACAACUGCUGGUGCAGUUGCUUCUGCGGCCAUUGGUAAUAUAGCUAUUGCUGCACCAAUGAGAAUAAUACUUGGUCUUGGUGUUGGUGCUGAAUCAUCAAUAUGUCCAUUGAUGGUUGCCGAGGUAGUACCAGAGAACAAGAGAGGAAGAUGGGGAUCAUUAUUCCAAAUAUCAAUUACAAUAGGUCUACUAAUAGGUACAGUCAUGGGAGUUAUACUAAAGAGAGCACCACAUAAUUAUAGAUGGAGGAAACAACAUGAGAGAGAUAGAGUCAAGGAGAAAAAUGAGAAGUCAAUGUGGGCAAAACUUAGAGAGAAGAAGAAUAGAAGACCGAUGAUGAUGGGCGUGAUCUUGGCUGUACUCUCACAGUGGACUGGUAUCAAUGCCUUUAUGUACUUCUCAAGAAUCAUUUUUGAGUUUGCUGGAUUCGACCAAGAAUAUGGUCCUCUUGUUGGAGCUUCGAUCCUUCAAGUAUGGAAUGUACUCACUACAUUAGUUGCAAUGGUGUUGGUCGAUAGAGUUGGUCGUAGAAUCCUGUUGUUCGUUGGUGCCAUCGUCAUGACUGCUAGCAACUUCUUCAUCGCAUUGUUCUUUGUUACGCUCAAAGGAGAUGUCAGAGGUUGGCUAUCAAUCGUCUGUCUCUUUACAUUCGUCGCUGCCUUUGAAGCCUCCAUUGGUACACUUUUCUGGUUCGUUAUCAAUGAGAUUCUAGAUGAUGAUAUUAAGAAUAUUGGUGCACCAAUCAUCAAUGCUCUUCAAUGGUUCUUCAAUCUGAGCUUGACAUUCUUCUUUAUCAGUGCUGUGACAUUCCUUGGAAAGUCAACAAUGUUCUGGGUAUUCUUUGCAAUUGGUCUUGGAUGUACUACAGUUCUCUGGAUAUUCCUUCCACCCAAGAAGGUGGUUACCAUGGGUGUUGCCAACCAGGAUCAAAACAACUCUGAUCCAUACGCAUUGUCAUCAGAUGAUCCUACUCCCAAAGAAGGUGAGACACCAGCCUUGACAUCAGCGUCAUCUCCUCCAACUGCCGAUCGUAUUCCAAUGCCAAUG